UUUACGCUCCAAAGUUACAAGGGAGUCUACCUAAGUUAAAGCCAAAGUGACAGACGAUUGACAUCCAGUGGGCUGCUCCCUUUAAACCAAACUUCAUCCAAAGAGUUUUUACUUUUUUGCUUGUCUUGUAGUUUUCUUUACUUUUCAGCAACUUGUUUUUUCUCUUCCAAACUUAACCAUGACGCGCUGGAGAGCUGUUUGCGCACGGAAAGGCGUGAUGUUGUUCUGCGCGCUGCUGGUGAAUAUAGCGAAAGCCAAUACAGAGUUGUCCCAUGGUCACAGCACACUGGGGGUCGCUGCUCCUCACAUGACCUACACCUGUCCAGAGGGGGCAACGGUGAAGCUGGUCUGUAACCAAAGAGGAGCCCUGAAAUACCCCAAGGACAAGCUCCACCACACCUGGUUCUUCACCCAGCAGAGCGACCAGCACUGCUCCAGUCACACCAGGCCCAGAAACAUGGGACACAAGCCGCCUCCAGGGGUCCACGUGGGCGCCACUGUGGAGAACUUCUGGCUGACUAUGGAGAAUGUGACCUACUCAGAUCAGGGUCGAUACUGCUGCAUGGCACUGGAUGUACAAGAGAAGCCCGACCAUAAAAAAGUACCACUCCAGACUUCACACAGCCACAUGGUCCUAACAAUCACACCAAGGAGAAAUGGCUCCGUGUGCACAUAUGUGGACGCCACUCCGCCCGGAGGCACGGUGCCAGUGGCUUUGGCUGUGACUGCCUGUGUUCUGGCUCUGCUUUCACUGCCUCUGAUUCUGAUGCUGGUUUACAAACAACGAAACGGCGUCCAUUCAAGCAGACGUGCUCAGGAGCUCGUGAGGAUGGACAGUGAAGCUCAGGGACAUGAAAACCCGGUGUUUCUUGGUGGAUCUCCUCAGGUUAAAACCAGAACUGUGUCUCAGAUCAUGACCAGGCAGCCCUCCGAGACAGGGCGCCACCUGCUGUCCGACCCCGGUACACCCCUCUCUCCGGCGGGACAUGUGGACGUGUUUUUCCCGGCAGAAGAUCCAAUCCCAGAGUCUCCAGACCUUCUCUAAACUGUGGAUGGGAACCUGCCCUCAUAGAUCAUCGCACCGUUGGAUUGUUGUCUGUACAGUGUCUGGACUCCAGGAGAUUAUGUAAAAACUCAUUCCAGCUGCAACAACAGCCAGCGGCUAAAACAGGAAUCUCUGCUUUUGGAGCUGCAUGCUCUGUGGACGUGAAUUCAGAGACAUGUGGUCGAACUGAAGUCUGCUAUCUGUAAAUCUGAUGAUGUUUGCUGCAAUAAUAUUAUACGAUUUUAUUGGCUGCUUUCUCAACUAUUCACUUUCCAACUCUUAAAAUACACUGUUUCUCUAAUCCUAAUAUAAUUGUUUAUUAGGAAUGCAGUAAGAAGUAGCACAUAUUCAUUAGAGAAUAUGCCAACAUAAUCCUACUGUCAACAGAAAUACUUACAGAUGUUGAGUAAAUUAGAUUAUGUCAUGAUGGUAAAGAUACAGAAUCUUUCUUUAAUCUUUAUUCUGCUUGCUCAUUUUGUUUAUAUGACAAGGGUGAAAACCUGCUUUUUGGCCAAAUGACUGAAGUGCUCCAAUAGCAUUUCAAAGAUGCAAGCUUGUAAUGUUUUUUUUUUUGUUUUUGUUUUUUUACAUGGACCAAGGAAAUUAAAAUGGUAGGACUGAUCUAGUGCCUCAAUGAACAUACUGUUAUUCAAAGAUUCAACCUCACAGGGAAAAAUUAGAAGUUACAUGUUUUAUUUGACAUAGGGCAAAUAAAUGAAUAUGGUAAGAGUGAGAUUCCGUUGGCAUAAAGGGCUUUUACUCAUGUUAGUCAUACCAAAGUUCUACUUAUUCAACUUGCUCCGAGUGCCAUUCACACUGAGGUUUGUGGUACCCAUUAAGGCUGACCUCUUUCCUCUGCUACCUCACUUACUGUCAGCUGUGCCGCUGCUGUACUCCUCUUCCUUCCUGGAUUCUCAAAAAUGCACCAAUUUAAAUGUGCAUAAAACUGUAGCUGUAAAUAUGUAUAUGCAUUUAUUAUAAACAUUUCAUCUAGCAUGGAAUAAUUAUAGAUAUGUUCAUCUGAAAGAAAUCAUUAUUGCACUCAAAAUAAGAUGGGGGUUUGUGUUUUUGCAAAUACUAAAGGUGUAUGCAUAACCUUUUUAUUUUUCCCAAAUACUUAAAGUCAGAGUAUGCAACUUUUUAGCCAGAAAACAGAUUAAAAUAAUAUAAUGUAUGUUUUUCAUUUUGCUUGUGUUAUUGCACUUAAAAAUGUAGAAAAACUUGUGUCUUUACUCUGAGCGAGGGCCUCCUCCUGCUUGUUUCCAUGGAAAUGUUGAUCCUUUGGCUAUAAUAUUUCGCAGUACAGCAUUAAACUUAUCUGUCUCCAUGGAAAAUGUUCCAGAGUAUGUUUUUAACUUUUUAUUUCCAUGGAAUCAUGCAGGUGACAUGCCACCUCCGGAAAGUUACAUACUGUACCUUUUAAAGAAACCAGAAAUAAGAGAUAUUUUAUGGGCUGUGCCUAAACUUCUGCAGAUCCACUGUGUUUUAUUGAACUUUAUGUCAGGCCAAAGUCAGCGAUAAAUGUGUAGCAUGAACAGAUGACAGGGUAGGGUGCAUCAUUCAACUGUUAAAUAUUAUAAUAUUUGUGUUCAGUAAUGUGUAUAUGUGAUAUGUAUGUGUUUAGGAUGAUUGUUGUGGAUGUUUGACUAUUUUUGCUACUUAUAAAAGAUGUGUACAAAGCUUAUUAUGAUGAUGUUUGCUCAAAUAUAAUUGCUCUGUAUAUUGCAUUUAAAUGGUCCUUACUGCGGUCUGUACAAUAAAUCUGCACCUUUUCACCA